AUGCAAGCUAGGCAUCAGCAAAAGGGCGGAAGAAAUACAAGCUCACAGGGAAAGAAGAAAACAGAUGUGGAGUGUUACAACUGCCACAAGACAGGCCACAUAUCAAAUGAAUGUUGGGCCAAAGGAGGAGGUCAUGAGGGACAAGGUCCAAAGGGCCGUCAAGGGCCAAAUAGAGGAGACAGAUCCCAUCAAACACAAGAUUCUGUGAACAACUCAUUGGGUGAUUGUGCAUACAUGGUUAAUCAAAAUAUCCACGAAUUUUCGAAAUAUGACUGGGUACUUGACUCAGCCACAACCUCACACAUUUGCACAACCUGA